AUGGAACAUCGUAAGGUCGGAAUCCUCGGCGGUGGUCAGCUCGGUCGCAUGGUCCAAGAGGCCGCCUCCCGCCUCAACAUCUCCCUCACCAUCCUCGACGAGCCUGCCGACUCUCCCGCCAAACAGGUCAACGCCUUCCAGUCUCACCUCCAAGGAUCCUUCAAGGACCCCGUCAAGAUCCGCGAGCUCGCCCAGCAGGUCGAUGUCAUCACCGUCGAGAUUGAGCACGUCGAUACUGCCGUCCUCAAGGAGCUCGAGGCUUCGGGGAAGUCCAUCCACCCCACCCCCGCCACCAUCACCCUGAUCCAGGACAAGUACCUCCAAAAGCAGCACUUAGCAAAGUACCAGAUCCCCCUCGCAGACUCGUUGGAUUGUCCGAAUCAGGAGGCCAUCGAGAAGGCAGGACAGGAGUUUGGUUACCCCUUCAUGCUAAAGGCUAAGACCAUGGCCUACGACGGCAAGGGAAACUAUGUCGUCAAGUCCCAGGACGAUCUCAAGGACGCUCGCUCGAAGCUUGCUCCCGGUGUGCCACUCUAUGCCGAGCGUUGGGCCAAGUUCGAUCGCGAAUUGGCGGUGAUGGUUGUCCGUUCGGUGACGGGCGAGGUUCGCUCGUACCCUGUUGUUGAGACGGUUCACAAGAACAGCAUCUGUCAUUUGGUUUUUGCCCCCGCCCAGGUCGGACGUGGCUUGACGGGCACCUCGGACGAGACCUUUUCGACAUCGAUUCUGGAGCGUGCCAGGAAGGUUGCCGAGAAUGCCAUCACCAGUCUCUCUGGCGCUGGUGUCUUUGGAGUCGAGAUGUUCUUGAUGCAGGAUGGCCAGAUCGUGUUGAACGAAAUUGCUCCCCGCCCUCACAACUCAGGACACUAUACCAUCGAGGCCUGCCACACCUCCCAGUACGAGAACCAUCUCCGCGCCAUUCUAGGUCUUCCCCUCGGAUCGACUGCCAUGAAGGUCCAGGCUUCAGGAAUGCUGAACAUCUUGGGCGCUGGUGACAAGACCUACGAGGCCUGUGAGCUCGCCUACGGUAUCCCUGGAACGACAACUCACCUCUACGGGAAGAAGGAGUGCAAGGCUGGACGCAAGAUGGGCCACAUUACUGUCGUCGGCGAUUCGAUGCAGGAAGUCCACGACCGUCUCUUGCCCAUGGUCAUGGCGAUGGAUCCCAAGGACGAGUCGCCCUUCAACCUCGACCCUAUGGUUUCAAUCGUCAUGGGCUCGGACUCGGACCUGAAGGUGAUGGAGGAUGCGGCCAAGAUCUUGACCAAGUUGGGUGUUCCCUUUGAGCUCUCGUUGGUCUCUGCUCACAGAACUCCCGAGCGGAUGUACCAUUUCGGACGGAUGGCGGACAAGCGUGGAAUCAAGGUCAUUAUUGCCGGUGCUGGCGGAGCCGCUCACUUGCCCGGUAUGGUCGCCGCCUUGACGCCCUUGCCCGUCAUCGGUGUCCCUGUCCGCGGAAGCACUCUUGAUGGUGUCGACUCUCUCCACUCUAUCGUCCAGAUGCCUCGCGGCGUACCAGUGGCAACGGUGGCAAUCAACAACAGCACAAACGCAGCAUUGUUGGCGGUCAGGAUGCUGGGCAGCUUUAUCCCUUCAUACCUGGACAGGAUGGAAAAGUACCAAUUGCAGAUGGAGAAGGAGGUCCAGACUAAGAUUACAACCCUCGACCAGGUCGGCUGGCAAAAGUAUGAGUACAUCAAGCACUAG